GUCAGUCAGUGACCUAAGGCAGAGUUGCAACCAUGGUUUCUGCAAACGAAGCUGUGCGCAUUCAUUUUUACACACCUCGCGAUCCCGUGGUGGUUCCUAACAAUGGUGGAGUGCACAUUGCUGAAGACUUGUGUGUCCUAGCGGCCAAAACAUGCGGUAUCAGUCCCGUAACGUGCCAGCUUUUCGGUCUGUACUGCUCAGACCUGGACAUUUGGUUUGCACCGUCGGCGGCCGUGAAAGACAAGGACAAAACAGUGAAUGUUCAUUUCCGCCUGCGUUUCAAGCCUCCCAACAUGGACAGGAUCAGAGAGGAUGAAGCAGUGCUCAACUACCUGUACCAUCAGAUGCGACAAGACUUUGUGUGUGGUCGUGUACCCGAGCUGCAUCAGAGCAAAGUGCAGAGCCGAACUCUGGGCCUGGUGAUUACAGACGUGGUGCGCCAUCUUAUCGAGCUGGGACAGACCCCUCAGCAAGGCAGUUACAGUUUCAGUGACUUUAUGCCUUCAGUUCUUGUCGGACCGUGGAAAAUGCGUGUGCUCAAGACCAGAAUGACCACUGCCCUCAAUGAAUGCUGGCAGAACAGUCGGCAAAAUGCUCAACGUGUCAAGGAGAUCUACGUAAAUGAAUUCAGAAGCAUAGUACCUGAUUAUGUGUGCGAGCAGUUUGCUUCUCAAGUAGACACUGAUGGUCGGGUGUGGGAGGUAAUCCUGCAGGUCAACCCAUACCAUCCACAGCUACCAGGUCUACGUAUGCGCCCAAGGGGACCCAAGGAAAACAUAACAUGGACACAAAUCUGCUCCAUAAGUGAUCUUUGCUUUGUGAACAUGGUUCCAUCUAACUGCACAGUUGAAAUCAGCCGUCGGAACGGCAUACCUCAGAACCUCAAGUUUGACAGCAUCAGCCAGAUGCACUCUUUUGUCUCUCUUCUGGAUGGCUAUUAUCGGUUAACGGAGAAGUGGACAGUGAAUUUGUGCAUCAACCUGCCAACACCGUCCCUGACCAUGCUUCGAGCAAUGAGAUGUCAUGGACCAGUGGGGGCCAAGUUUGCCUACCAGAAGCUGCAGGAGAAAGGUGGGCACGAAGCAGGCUGGUACCUGAUUCGGCAGAGCUCGUCCAUCUACCAUGAGUAUCGGCUGGACUUUCUGGGAAAGAACGCAGUGCCGGAGACGCUGCGCAUUGUGCAGCUUGAGGACGGUCGCUUCGCACUGGACGAAGCGGCACCGGAAGAGGGCAUUUAUCCAACACUGGCAAAGCUGAUCAGUGAGGCUAUUCGACCGACCCUUGAUGUAGAGCUGGGAUACUGUGUACCUCCAUCCGAAUAUGACAAAACACAGUUGCUGUUAUGCCGCCCACCAUCUCUUGACGUGGAAAAGUAUUCUCUGAAGCGAGAGCCACGUGAGUGCAUCCACUCGGGGGCACUGACGUUUACGGAGAAUCGCAAGGAUGAGCUGCCUGGCAAGUUCACUGUGGUGCGGCGGGCGUUCUUGCAUCGGGAACGAAAUCAGUAUCGAGAGGUUGCUGUCAAAGCCCUGAAGCCCCACCUGGAGGAUAGCCAUCUCAAGGAGUUCAUGGUGCAGUGUGACCGGAUGCUGUUCUGGCAGUGUGAAGCCAUUGUGAGCUCUCUCGGCAUGGUGCACUCGGGAAGUUUUGGCCUGGUGUGCGAGUUCCUGCCUCUGGGCUCCCUGGAUGCCUAUCUCCAUCAGCACAGGUUGCAACUUCAAGCUGUUGACUUGGUUGAAGCGGCCAAAGGGCUGGCGCGUGCCCUCUGGUACCUGGAAGAGCAAGGCUGCGUUCAUGGCAAGAUCAGGUGCCGAAACAUUCUAGUCUCUCAGCACGAAGCCAAUGCAUUCUAUGUCAAGCUUUCAGACCCUGGACUGCUCGUCUACAUGAAUGAGGACAUACAUUGGAUCCCACCAGAGUUCUACUACAACCUUAACAUGGCCAAAUCAUCCAUCAAGGCUGAUACUUGGGCUUUUGGAACAACCCUGUGGGAGAUAUUCAGCUAUGGGGAACCACCAAUGGCGGGAGUCCCUAUCACUGAGGGUAUGGCUGUCCAGGAGAACGAGGUCUCCUGGCUCCAGGGUAACUGGCCGCCUGUGGUGGUCGUAAUGUGCCUUUUGUUUUGCAUGAGCAGCAACUUGUUGCGCGUGAGUAAACUCAAGGGCCUGGGCAAGGCACUGCCGAACUUCUUCGGAAAAGGCAUGAUAGGCCGCAGAAGGUCUCAAUUCCUCAGGGCCAGCCUGGAGAAGCACGGCUGCUAUUCCAAUACCACUAGCAUCAGUCUCCACCACAAAGGGCCGGUUGAGAUCAGGGAGGUCACCACGGCAUCAUGA